CAGCUGAUUUUCAGUUGUCAAAAUUUGACAAACAAUAUUUUGUGCUGUUUUGCUGCUACCACCGAAUAUCAAUUGGAGAAAAGGUUUGAGCAACUUUAAGACUUUUUAGUUAUUUUAAAAAGCGAGUUUGCAUUUUAAAGUAUCAACGAGCAAUAAACAAUAAUGGGCGGACACGGACACGGUGAACCCUACAAAGUGCCACAUCCAUCAAUUUACAAAGUGGAAAAUAUUCCCAAGUUACGCGAAGUGCAAGAAGCGCUAGCACGUCAAGGCUUAAAGGAUCCAUGGUUGCGGAAUGAAGUGUGGCGUUAUGAACCCAGCAAAAUGGGCACACAUGCUAGCCGUGCACGCGCUUUCUUCCUUCGUGGUCUACUGUGGGGCUCAAUUGCUGCUGCCGUGCACAUUGGUUGCGAAUAUGCUUUUAGUUCGAAAGAUGAUCACGGUCAUGGACAUGGUGAUGGUGAACACUCUGAAGGUGGCCAUCAUUAAACACUGCUUUGCGUGGAACAUUUAAUUUGUUUGUCAUUAUCCGUUGUUGCACAAGGGUGGCAUGCUAAUCAAGUACCAAAUAAAGCGUUUAGGAUACUUAAGAGGU